CUCUGAAUAGAUGCUUUGUGGACGAAAGGGAUAUUUUUCCGCUGCGGCUGGUAGAACGCUGCUGGAUAAAAGGAACAAUGGAUGACAUUCUUCUGUACCCCGCAGGAGCGGAGGUCCGCAAUAGCCGAGUUCUCAUGUGCAAGCUUAUGAAUCUUGAUACAAGCGCAUUCUGCCUCUCAAAUGUGCGUAUUCUUGAUUCUUUUCCCAUUUGAUUGACCUCGUUUUUCUAUUUUGACUCGACUGGUACAUAGAAGCUGAAGCUAAUCAUCAUGGCGGAUGCAAACGGUCACCUUGGAGGCAUUAUUCAUUGUGAUGUUUUGGUCGUAGGAGCUGGCUUUGGGGGUGUUUAUGCUCAUUACAAGCUUCGCAAGCUGGGUCUCAAUGUCAAAGGCUUUGAGGCAGGCUCGGACCUUGGUGGGGUAUGGUACUGGAAUAGAUACCCAGGAGCUCGAGUUGAUUCAGAGUUCCCCUUCUAUACGCUUCGUAUCCCGGAGGUAUAUGAUACUUGGACGUGGUCCUCACGGUUUCCAGACCAUAAAGAACUUCGACAGCAUUUCGCCCACAUCGACAAAGUUUUGGAUCUUAAGAAGGAUAUCCAAUUCAAUGCAAGGGUAAAUAGUGCUACAUGGGACCAGACAGAGGGAAAGUGGACAGUGAAAACAGAAGCUGGCCAUAUUGCAAAAUGCAAAUACUUGUAUCUUGCAACCGGACUGCUGCAUAGAAGACAUUAUCCAGACUUCCCGGGUCUAAAGGACUUUGAAGGAAUUGUGCACCACUCUGGAUUCUGGCCGGAGGAUCUGAGUGUCCGAGGCAAGAGAGUUGCCCUCAUUGGUGCGGGUGCAACAGCCGUUCAGAUCACUCAAGAAGUAGCGAAAGAAGCGGAUCAUUUGACCGUGUUCAUGAGGCGACCUAGCUACUGUAUCGCCAUGAAGCAGCGCCAUAUAACAGCUGAGGAGCAGAUGCAUCUAAAAAGCUAUUACCCGUCGAUGCUGGAGGCCGGACGCUACCACUCUGCUGCAGGUUUUCCCGUCAAGAGACCAGACGAGUCUUUCUGGGAUCUUACUCCUGAGCAACGGAAAGCUCACUGGGAAGAAAGCUGGGCUCGGGGUGGUUUCAACUUUCCUCUGACUAACUACAAAGAAUGUGCUAUAGAUGAGAAGGCCAACCUAGAGGCAUACGAAUUUUGGGCCUCCAAAGUUCGUCCACGGAUGAAAAACCCAGUCAAGAGGGAGCUCAUGGCGCCAAAGGAGCCGCCUUAUUAUUUUGGAACAAAACGGGCUCCUCUUGAGAACGACUACUACGAGAUGCUAGAUCAGGACCAUGUGGACAUUGUGCAAAUGGAGCAAACACCAAUUAAAACCUUUAACAAGACCGGUGUGCUGAUGGAGGACGGAACUCAGCGGGACUAUGAUAUCGUCAUCUUAGCGACCGGUUUCGACAGCUUUUCUGGAUCAUUGACGCAAAUGGGAUUCAAGAACAAAGAUGGAGUCGACAUCAAAGACAUUUGGAGCGAAGAAAUCUCGAGUUAUCUUGGCAUGCUCAUUCACGGCUUCCCGAAUGCGUUCAUGGUGUACAGUCCACAAGCACCAACCGCUUUUUCCAACGGUCCCACCAUCCUCGAAUGUCAAGGAGAUUUCGUGUGCGACCUUAUAGCUCGAGCCGAGGCGGCGGGCGCACGCACUGUCGAGGCUGACAAGAAAGCGCAGGAUGACUGGAAGAAUUUGAUAGAGUACAUGUGCUCGACCCUCCUCGUCCGAUUCACAAACUCGUGGUGGAAUGGUGGGAACAUCUACGGAAAGAAGACGCAGAUGUUGACCUUCCCCGCUGGUAUCGACAUGUACGAGAAAAUGUGCAGAGAAAAGCUGGACAAAUGGGAGGGCUUUAUCAUUGAGCUCAAUAAGGAAAAACAGAAAGAUCACGUGAAGGAUUCACUGACUGCAGUACAGAAUGCGCUGCCGCAGACUCCGGUGACAGUCUCAUGAAGAUACUUUGUUUUUUCUUGGUUGAUUGUCAAAUUUCAAUUCAAAUUAUUUCCGACACAGACAGUCUGCCCCCAAGUCUUUGGCACACAUGAAGCUUCGUUGUACAUUAGACGUAGAAUCUUUGUUCAAGAGCUGCAGGAAGCCCAGCACACGGCGACACAGAUCCUUACGACACUCCGCCUGGUCGUCGUUGCUCAGUGCAUGGGAGGCUCCAGGUAUAAUCCCGCUGUGCUCUUCGUCCCAUAUAUCAUACUUGUCUCCGUGGUUGGUGGCAGUCUUCCACCGUGAGAGCAGUUUCUUCUUGUCAACCCACUCUGGCACAGACUGGUCAGCUCCGGACGAGAG